CCUUAAUGUCAAUCUUCUUCAUGGAAAAUAUAUAUUUGCAGCCGAAUUUUAUUAAUUAUUUCUCUCUUCAUUUUCUGUUCUGGGUAUCUCGUUACUUUUGUUGUGAGUUUGAUGUGUUGGGUUGGUGGUGUGUUUGUAAUGUGAACGUAAAUCUUGUGAGUCGUGAGCUUCAUGUGUUUUAUUUCGGUAACGUGGGGGAUUUUGAUGAACAUGCAGGAGUGUGUGGACACGUGUGUUCUUGUGUUGAGAGAAAUGGCGAACAAUCUGGUGGUAAAGUGAAGCGAGAAACGAUUGCAGCAUGCAUGACUUGUCCUUUGUGUAAUAAGCUCCUCGGAUCCACCACCAUCACCGAGUGCCUUCAUUCCUUUUGCAGAAAAUGCAUAAAUAAAAAAUUUGUUGAUGAGGAGUUGGAACGCUGCCCCAUUUGUGAUAUCCCUCUGGGUGCUGUUCCUUCGGAGAAAUUGAGGCAGGACCAUAGUUUGCAAGAUGUGAGGGCCAAGAUCUUUCCUCUAAAAAGAAGAAAGGUGAGGGCACCUGAAGCUGUGCCCUCAGUUUCGUUACCAGUUAGAAGAAAGGAAAGGUCACUCUCAUCAUUGGUUGUCAGUGCACCCAGAGUAUCAGCACAGACUACUAUGACCAGGAGAAGAACAAAUGCUGCUGCAAGAAAGGCUGCUGCUUUACGGGGUUCAAGUAUUUCCGUGGAGAAAUCCCUUAAAAAGGAGGAUGACUCCAUGGAGGAUCAUCAGGAUGGGUUAAGCUCACCUGAAACUCUUAAUAAGCUAUCUCAGAAUGGAAGACAGAGUUCUUCCUCUGCUCAUCCUGGCCAAUCCAUACCCAACAAAGAAACGGAGAAUGAUGCUGAACAAUGUGAUGCAAAAUCGGAUCUCUGGAAACCUUUGAACUUUUUGGUGGAAGUUGCAAGUCGAACCAGGUCCUUCAAGUCUAAUUCACAAGGAUCAGAUGCUAAAGUAGAACCUGCUAAUGUUCAUGACAAUGAAAUUCAAGGGCAUAAAAUAAAAAAUAAGGAAGACAAAUUGAAAUCAAAAGUUGAGGAUAAACCAAAUAGCACUGAUCCUACCUCUUCAGAAACAGGAAAUCCCAAAAAGUUGCGAAGAAUUCGUCGAAAAACAACGGCUGCUUUUGGGGAUUCAAAUAUUUCACCCCAAUCUGUGUUGGAAGCCAAUGGUGCUAAGUAUGAGAGAAGAAGUGGUCCAAUUUGGUUCUCUCUAGUAGCUUCUGAAGUCCAGGGAGGAGGCCUGCCCUUGCCACAAAUUCCAGCUAGUUACUUAAGAAUAAAGGAUGGAAAAGUACCUGUUUCUUUUAUCCAGAAGUACUUGAUGAAGAAACUAGAUCUCACUAAUGAAUCUGAGGUUGAGAUCAAAUGUAUGGGACAAUCAGUGAUCCCCACUUUGGAAUUGUAUAAUUUAGUUGAUUUGUGGCUGCAAACAGCAGCAACACCAGAAAAAGUACCAGCAAAGAUUGGUUCCUCCGCAAAAGAUUUUGUAAUGGUACUCACAUAUGCUCGAAAGGCCCAGGGCGGCUUCCAUUAAGGCCUACCUUCAUUGUGGCCAGUACAUCUACAUAAUCUUAUACCAUUAUUUGUAUCUAGUGACAGGAGUGCAAUUUAGCAUAUAUAUUACCAGAAAUUGUUCCUUUACAUUUAUUGUAUUGCAGUCGCCAUGUUACAAACUGCAACAAUGAAGGUGAACAUACGUGACUACAAAAGAGCCUCUCGCCUCUUAUCGAUAUAUUUUUGUUUUCA